CUUCCAUCAGUAGGGGUCGUGCGGUGUCAGCCUUUGUAGUGAGGAGUGGCAGCAGCACGAUGAGGGUCUCCCUCCCUCCCUCCCUCCCUCCCUCUCUCCCCUUGCCCUCACUGCGCAGGCUGCAAACAUGGCGGAAACUGAGUGAAAUCUAAAGCCCGGAGCCAGGCGGUGGGGAGACUGGAGCAGGGGAGUCAGUCUACACCGCACCGCAGCCUCAAGCUGCCGCCGAUUCCUUAUUCUCCCGAGAUCUCCUCGUUCCCAGGCAUCCGGUGGACUAAGACCAGCAACGGGAUUUGAACUCGUGGAUUACCAACGUGUGAAUGAAUGGGAAGAGGAUUUUGCUGCAGUUGCUGCGGCAAUGUUGAGGACGGGCAGCUAAAUGAAUGCAGGUUCAUAGCCGUCUACCAGCGGGUCGGCCAUCACACAAGCACACACCUUCCCCAGGAGCCCCCUCCUGGUGGGUUUGUCCACACCAGCCGUUCACCUCCCAACAAUGAGAAAACCAGGGCCUCAAAAGGUUGCAGAUUGGAAAGAUGGGAGAAGGCAGAAACACAGUCGGAGUGGUCGGCCAUCCAAUACCCCAUCUCCGUACCAAGGUCAUUUCAGUUGGGACAAAUACCUUAAGGAGACGGGAGCUGUGGCUGCUCCUUCUUAUUGUUUCAAACAGUCGUGCAUCCCGCCGGUCAACGAGUUCAAGAUCGGGAUGAAGCUGGAAGCCAAGGACCCCCGCAACGUCACGUCCACCUGCAUCGCCACGGUGGUGGGCAUCACUGGCGCCCGGCUACGCCUCCGGCUCGACGGCAGCGACAACAAGAACGACUUCUGGCGCCUGGUCUACUCCUCCGACAUCCAGCCCAUCGGCAACUGCGAGAGGAACUCCGGGAUGCUGCAACCUCCCCUCGGAUUUCGACUGAACGCAUCUUCGUGGCCCAUGUUUUUACUCAAGACUUUAAGCGGAGCAGAAAUGGCACCAGGCAGAAUAUUUCACAAGGAGCCGCCAUCGCCCUCACAGAACUACUGCAAGGUGGGCAUGAAGCUGGAGGCGGUUGACAGGAAGAACCUCACUUUAUCUGUCCCGCCACCAUCGGAGGAUGCUCGGGGGCUGCGAGGUCCUGGUCACGUUCGACGGCUGGAGGGGGGCGUUCGAUUACUGGUGUCGCUACGAUUCUGGAGAUAUCUUCCCCGUCGGGUGGUGUUCGAUGACUGGAGACAACCUGCAGCCGCCCGGAGCCAAAGCCGCUACAGCCAGUCCCGGGGCACGCAGGCGAGGGAUCUGGCCGCUACAGCCAGUCCCGGGGCACGCAGGCGACCUGUGAACUGCAGCUAA